GGGCGGCGCCGCGGGGCCCGCAGUCGUCGGGAGGGAACGGCCGGGGAGAGCCGGAGAAACAAAGAACAUGGCGAGGGGAGGAGGAGCCUGCGCCUCCUCCCCCGCCGGGAAGGGCGCUCCGGGGGCGGACAAUGCCCGGCGCGGCCCGCCCCGGCCGCAGCGGCGCCUGGGGAGGGCUCGCCUCCCCCCGCCCCCUUUCCCCGCCCCUGUGGCAGCGCCCGGCGGGGGGCUGGGCCCGGCCCCCGCCCCGCGGGACGGGCUGGAGGCGGCGGCCGGAGCGGGCCCGCUGCCUGCCGCAAGUUUCGCCCGGAGUGGCAAAGUUGGGCGCGGUGCGGUGUGGUGGCCCGGCGGAAUCCGGCCAGAGUGGUGAUGGAACUGAGCAGACAGCCAAGCCAAAGAGAAGCUUCUAUGCAGCAAGAGAUUUAUACAAAUACCGACACCAGUAUCCACAGAACUUCAAAGACCUUCGCUAUCAAAAUGACCUGUGCAAUCUUCGCUUCUACAAAAAUAAAAUCCCAUUUAAACCCGAUGGGGUUUAUAUUGAAGAAGUCCUAAAUAAGUGGAAAGGAGACUAUGAAAAACUGGAACAUAACCACACUUACAUACAGUGGCUUUUCCCAUUGAGGGAACAAGGUCUGAACUUCUAUGCUAAAGAAUUAACUACAUAUGAAAUUGAGGAAUUCAAGAAAACAAAAGAAGCAAUUAGAAGGUUCCUUUUGGCUUACAAAAUGAUGUUGGAGUUUUUUGGAAUAAAACUAAUUGAUAAAACUGGAAACGUAGCACGAGCUGCUAACUGGCAAGAAAGAUUUCAGCAUUUGAAUGAGUCUCAGCACAACUACUUGAGAAUCACUCGAAUUCUGAAAAGUCUUGGUGAGCUUGGAUAUGAGAGUUUCAAAUCUCCCUUGGUAAAAUUUAUUCUCCAUGAAGCUCUUGUGGAAGAUACUAUUCCCAACAUUAAACAAAGUGCUCUAGAAUAUUUUGUGUAUACUAUUAGAGACCGAAGAGAAAGGAGGAAACUCCUGAGAUUUGCCCAGCAACAUUAUACACCAUCGGAGCACUUUAUCUGGGGACCCCCAAGGAAACAGAAGUCUGAGGGAAGCAAAACAAAUAAAAAGCCAGCAUCUCCAAUUUCUAUUCACAAUAGUUAUAUCUCUAAGCAUAAGAAAUCAAAAGAGCCUAAGAGUACAUCGUCAAGUGGAAGCUCAGCUGGUAAAACAACUGAAGAGAGGAAAGUAGAACUCACAAAAAACAGGGAAGAAAAUGAGCAGGAUGAAGAAGAAAUGAACUGUGAUGCUGACAGACAGAACAACGGUGAGAAGAACAGUGAUACUGAUACUGGUCAGCUUUCAAAAUCAGAAGAAAUUCCCGACGCUUCAGACAGAAAGGAGGACACUUCUGAUUCCAAAAGACAUGAGGAAAAUCUGAACAAUGACUCUGGAAUUCACCCAGACACUAUAGAGAAAGACUUACUUGACACUGAGAAUUCUGCAAGUAACACAUCAGCUGAUCUACAAGAUAACCUUGAUAAGGAUACACUUUCAGGGGAGACCUCCACAACAACCAAGGAUGAGCUCAAAUCAUGAGUCUGAGGUUAAGAAUCAUAGUUUCGUAUGGAAUGAUGCAAAGUAUUCAUUGCUGCUUUUUUGGGUGGAAUUUCCAUCUAGUGUAGUAUAAAAUGUUCAUGAGGUGAUGCUUGUUGGAAAUGCAUCAGAUCAGGCUUCUGUUACGUUAAUGACUUUUAUUUUUUUCAACCUCAGUUUAUCAGCAGUCAGCCAGGUGUCUGUUUGAAACAAAUGGGUAUAUUCAAAGCUAAGAAAUUACUAUCUUUUCCAGGCAGAUUGCAUAAAAAAGCUUAUCUAUUUGUUGCCAUAAAUUCAUCCAGUAAUUUGGGUUUUUUUAAAGUGUAACUUACUAGCAAGCCUUGAAACAUCUGAAUUUUUAAAGUUUUGUUUACAACACUUUAAAUAUUCCUUUUAUGAAAUUACUAGAAGUUCUUUUGAGAGCACAUGGUUUUUUUUCCCUAGUGGAUAUAUUUCUUACAGCAGAAUUUGCACAGCAUCUUUUACCUUCCAUUAGCAUCCUUGUCAGAGACAGUUGGUAAUGGAUUUCAAAAUGUCCUAUGCAGCUGGGUAGCACUGUACCUUGAAUAAAAGUUUAACUUGCAUUGAAACAGUAUCCAUAGCUCUUGGGUACAAGGGAAGUUGCACUUUAGGCUUCUUUUAGUCCCUGGUAAGUUCUCUCUUCUCUUGACUCAUUUGUUACUACUACUAAUUUGUGGGGGGAAAUCUCUUUGAUCACUCUGGUUUGGUUUCAGUGUGAAAGCUCUGGUCAGCUCUAAUAAAACAACUCCCCUAGCUGGGUUCAGCACAUGGAAAGUCUCUAGGCAGCUCAAAAGCAGUGUCUUGAUCUCAAGGCAUUACUUAGUCAUGAAAGCCUUCAGAAAAAAUGUCACCAGGCCUGCCCAGCUGGAUCUUACCUGAACUUCGAUGUUUCAUGGCCAGCUUUAGGUAAGGUCUAAGCAAUGCUGAACCCCUUGUUGCUGGUCUGGGAGAGAAGGGCAGCCCUGAUGUUUCUUUCCAGCUGCCUGUUUCCUUCCUUUGCUGUUUCUAAGAGGUCUUUCCUAGUUUAAUGUUAUUUUGAUUGGCUGAAAUCUGAGGCAGGCUGGUCUGCUGGCCCAGCUGGAGCCCAGCAGGUAGGAAUUUCCCAGUUAAUCUUUCCCGGCUUUUUGCUGUCUGCUUUCCCGAGUAGCCUCUUCUGACUUUGUGACAUUCAGUCAAACAAGAUAGCACCCAGCAAGUUAUAUGUGUAGAGUAUAAAAAAUAUAAUGCAGGUAAACUCACAGUUUCUACAGUCCUAAAAUAGUCUAAAACUUCAGUAUGUAUUUUCUAUUUAAAAGUAUAUCUAUUACCCACUGCCUGUAACGUAUUUUUGAUGAAAUGUUGUGAGGCGAGUGGCUGACUACAGUUUGAGGGUCAAAAUGCUACAGGACUUUGAAUAAAGUCUUCUAACUCAAAAUUAUAAAGCCUUCAGGGGUGUCAGAGCACAGAGAAAAUGUCUUAUAUUUUUCUUUUUUGCUGAUUCACAUCAUGGCAGUGAAUCAUCUAUUGCUUUCUCCAGGUAGCAAUGCUUCUUGGGACCAAAUAGAGUGGCACUUGGAGAUCUUGCUACCUGUGGACAAAGAUUAGGCUCUGUCCAUCCGAGAGGCAGGGAAGAAGGUAAACUUAUUGCUCCUUCUCUUGUGCUGACCUGCAAAGAAAGGAAUGUAUGUACAUUGAUUUUCUGUUUAAUUUUUUUUAGGGUAGCUAGGUUGCUCAUGGAGACAUUAAGUCUGUCUGAGCAGAAAUGCCCCAGAGAGUUGCUCCUACAGCCACUGCCUCUUUAAAGCUGGAAAGGUGCUGAGAAGGCGAUACCUGGAGGUUGAACUAGGAUCCCCUUGUUCAUGUUAGCCUCAGAUCUUCAGAGCAGAAGGGGACAGGAAGUGCUGACAUAAAAUUGGUCCAUGCAGUUAUGGACUCUGACCCCACGUGUAUGCACAGGGAGGACAACUUGGUCUUCUGCCUAUGGCUUUUCAAAUCCCGAGUGCCUCACCGUGCCAGCUACAGUGUUGUUUUCACAUAGUCAUUCCUUGAAUGGGAUAGGAAAAAUUUAUACCCUGUGUAUGAGAAACAUAACUAUAAUGUAGGCAGUUAUACAGAGCUUUCAGUUGAUGAACAUGAGUAUUAAGGUUAAACACUUAAAAAAUGCAUAGUGUUCAAGUGAAAUAAGAGAUACUGGGGCUGUUAUACUGUGGUUUGACUGAUGAUAUGUGUCUGUGUUAAAGGGUCUGAUGCAUCUGAAAGUAAGGUCAAGAAUUCUGGGACUCAUAUCCUUAUCACCUCUGCAAUUUUAUUUCUUUUUAAACCCCAACUCAGUAUAUUUUAUCAGUUUUCAUUGAAGUGAGAAGAGUAGUGGCAUACCAGUUGCCUACAAACAACCGUGGGGAUUAGGUGAGUGAGGAUUUUUGUGUCAGGUGGGUUUCUGCACUCUGUGAUCUUUCUGUUGAUAAAGCUUUGAGAGAAUGUCACUCCUAUGAGACACUUCAGCUCUAACUAACAAAUUCUGCUCUGUAUAAAAUGCAGUGGUGUAUCAUUCUUUCCAUGGAGAAGUUGUUUCUUCUGUUUUUGCAAGAGCUUAGAAGAACGAUAAGUUGCAGGGCAAUCAUACAGUGUAGUAUCCCAUUGAGAUGGGAAGGUGUCAAGUGGGUGCGCUGUAUGCAUUUCAUUAUGGAAUCAUGGCCUUAGCAACCAGGAGCACCCUGUGCUUGAAGUUUCUAAGUAUUGGCUUUCAGGUUUACAGUACAACAUAUGUUUGAAAUGAUUGUGUUCUUGUAAAUGCUGGUACUUGGUUAUUUAACCACUACUUCAGAAACUGAAGAUGUGCAGAGAAAGUCAGGACACUUGCUCACCGUAAAACUUGGUUUGGUCUUUUAAAAUGCUUUAGUAUUCAGAGAUUUCUCUUUACUUCCUACAGUAAUGUAUUUUGAUCCAGUAUUUUACUAAAUUCUGAGCUAUAUUGGGAUCUUAUUAAUAUUUAAUAUUUACAAGUAUAUAAAUGGUAGAUGUCAGGAGGUUGGGACAUCCUUUUUUUCUAUUGUAUCUAGCAACAGGACAAUGGGUAAUGGCAUGAAGCUGGAACACAAAAAGUUCCAUUUAAACAUAAGAAAAAACCUAUUUCUCAGUGAGGGAGCCCUGGCACAGGCUGCCCAGGGAGGGUAUGGAAUCCCUUUCCUUUGAGGUCUUCAAGACCUGUCUGGAUGCAUUCCUGUACAACCUGAUCUAGGUGAACCUGCUUCUGCAGGGGUAUUGGACUAGAUGAUCUCUAAAGGUCCCUUCCAACCCUACCAUUCUAUGAUUCUAUUCAUUUAUUAAUGAAACAGAACCUUGUAUACCAGGAGUUCUAUCCUAAUAAGUACAUCUGAGUAGCCUCUGGCAUUGUUAGGUGGGAGCAGUGUGUACAUGCACACACUGGUGAAUUUGAUUUUUAAGUAUCCUGUGAUGAGGGGAUUGCAAGUGGGCAAAAUGUUCCUGGGUAUGCAUGUGCAAGUGAAGGCAGUCAUACAAAGCACAGAAAGUGCAGCGCUCUAAGGUUAGUUACAACUCUCUGCUCAGCUAUCCGCGAUGUAGCUGCUCCUCAGCACCUGAUGCUAUGUUGGCAUAGAGACAGAAAGCCUGAGCGCAUGAGGUGUGCACCAUAGACCAUUUAGAUAAGAGCAGCAGUUGAGUGUGUGUACAUAUCUAGGACCAAAACUGAGCUCUUGAUGUCCAUAGUGCUCAUAUUUAAGGAUGCUAAAAUUACUUGCAAUGAACCUUUGAGAGCCAUUCCCUGGGUUGAGUCAGCUCCUCAAUUUCCUGCUCAGAGACUGCAGCAGACUAGUGUAUUGCAUCAUCCUUAAUGUUUCAUGUAACCCAGUGGAAGCCUACUUGAAGUAUUCCAGGUAAUUCUACCAAUCUGCAGCUGCAGUAACCUGUAAUAUAACCAGAAAGUUUACAGACCGUAGAAGCUUUAUACAAUUUUGCUGGAUGAUCCAAUAAGGUACGUCAAAGGAGAUUUGAAUGGAAAACAGCUCUUCUUUGUUCUUGAAUAAAAUAUGUAUAUAUCUGUUUAAUUGAAUUCUAUUUUUGCACCUUUCUUUUCCUGACAGUUGUGAUGGUAUGGAUCACAAAUUUAGCAAGACAUACAUGUUUAAGUGAAAGUGUAACUCUUACUACACCAUUUUUUUACAGAUAACAUUAGCAUAUUGAAUUUUCUUAGCAAAAGCUGUAUUUAUAAGGUGCAAGUAUGUGAAGUAAGUUUUGCCAUUAAUAAAAGUGUGACAAUAUCAUGCUAAUGAUGUACAUUGUCCUAAGAACUAGUAGCGUGGAUCGGAAUCAAAGAUGUUUCUCGCCUUGUAUCCUGCCUCCAGCAGUGGCCACCAACAGAUGGUGUGAAACAAGGAACAGAUAAAGUCACCUCAUUUUUCUGCAGGAAUAUUUCAGUUUUUGAACCCAUAGUUUCUUUCAGCCUCCACAAUCUCUUGUGGCUGUGAGGUUCAUGUUAAGUACAUUCUGUGUGGAAAAGGUAAUCUCUUGUUUACCUCAGACCUGUUUAUUCAAGAAUUGCUAGUGCAUUUGAACACAGUUACUAAAAGUACUGUAAGAUGAACGGUAAUCCACUCCAAGUCAGUUUUUAAAAGCUGUGGGAGAUUCUAAUGAUAAAGUACCUACUUAGGCAGAAAACUCAUCCUAUGUUAAUAAUAUUAUCUUACUUGUCCCUUCUGAAUAAAUUUCUAUGUAGUAAUCCUUUUGUUUGAAGUAUUAAAAUUCAGAUUCCAACUGCAGAACAGAUGUUUUUUUUCCCCUAUCUGUGUAAAGGCAAGAUUGGUCAAAGGCAAAAACUGUUCCUAGCCCAUAAUUGAGUGAGGUACCUCUGGAUUUGGAGAUGCCACCAUCAAUGGGUGUCAUGUUGUGAGCAUAUAGAAGAUGGAAAUACUAUCUGGGUUUUGCUGAGAACCAUACUCCUCAUUCCACAUUAUGGUAGCUUACUUUGGUAUGUGUCCUUAGUUUCAAGUACUUUAAAUUAGCAGUUGGAAUGACUGCUCAAAAGUUGUUUUUUAUGGUCAUCAGAGCCUGACAGUGAAGGAUGGGUCAAAAAGGCUUAGGCAUGGGCAACCCACCUUUCCUUCACAUCACAAUCACCACCAUAGAUUCACUGGUAAUGAGUACUCAGAUGCAAUUCUCCAAGGGGAAUGUGGAUUAUGUCUCUAAUAUCUCUGUGCUCUGUAUUGCCUAUGAAGUAUUUGUUUUCCUGAAACCCUGUCCCUUUUACAGCCCAUGUUCUGAAGUACACAUACUUAAGACCAUUAGAGAAAGCAAGAGUAUUUUAAAGAAAUGUUUAAAUACAUACCAUAGCUAAUGGACUCCUAAAAUACAGUUCGAAAGCUAGAGAGAUCAGUUAAAUAGAGACCCCUUGUUGCUUUGCAUUUAUUACCUUUGUUUUUAUUUUCAAAGGCAUUAAACUGUUUGCUAUAAAAUAACAAUUGUGAGGUUGGCAAAUUUCUUCAGAAAGAAGUCUCUUCCUUCUUUAGGAACUCGUCACUUUUUCAUUCUACCACGCUUACAAGUCCAGUGGCGUAAUCAUCAGCUGAAGUUUAUUGUGAAAUACACUGAAUGUGUUUACUGCUGUGGCUAACUGUGUGAAAAUUAUUGUUUUGCAGUAAAAAAAAAAAGGUUAUGGCACUUAUUUUUUUUGCUCUCUGCUGAAGCAUGUGUGCUAAUCAUUACUCACUCUUUGUUCUGUAUUCUAAUCUCUCCCAUGGUUGAUUGCCCUUUACACAGUUUGGGUUCAGCAACAGAUGAUUAGGUAUAAUUUUGCACUGAUAGAAUUUGGAAGUAUUGUAGACUUAAAAGGUAUUCUAAGAAAAAAAGUGCAAUAAAAAGGAAAAAAACCCAAACCCCAACAAUUUUUACUUGCAAAAUGAAACAGCUACACGUCCAUUUUUAUGAAUCGUCCUGCUCUCUUCUUUGUAUUCCUUUGCAGUGCUUUAAUGACAGAAUGCUGUGCAUGUUUGGUAGUACCAAUACCAUAUGUAUGUGGUAGGAGUGGUAACCAGUUUCUGGGUUUGUAAUGCACUAUAAAGAUAUAUUUUAUAAUUCUGUAACUGUAUGGCAGUGUUAUGCCAAAAAAAGAGUUGUAUAAACAUAAAAAGCAAUCAUUCAUGUUGCUUACUGCUCUAUUUUAAAUUGUUUGUAAAAUGAAAUACUUGGAUUUCCUUUCAGGUAAAUAUAUUUUUAAUAACAGCAGCCAAAAGCUCUAAACUAAUAAAACUUCUUCAUUUAGCAGCUUUGUUUUAGCAACAAGUACAAAUGUUGUGUAGCUCUAAGAGUGUGUAAUUGAUGUUCGGCACUUGUUUGUAUAGUCUUCUGUAAAUGUAUUAACUUAAAAGUAGGGCAUUAAAGGCUCUAGUCCUCCUUCUUUGUUGUCAGUGGCAAAACCACCCUGGAUAGCACAGGAACAAAGAAAGGCUGAGAGUGAGCUUCACUAAAAGUUUGGGUUGUUUUGUUUUUUUUGUAA